AAAAGAAAGAAAUCUUGUGAGUGAGUUAGUCCAAGAUUUUUUUUUCCCCAAUGUUUUUAAUGCUUUAUAAAACACAAAGAAAUGUUGCUUUUCUUUGCUUCUUUUUGUUUCCUCUCUGGAAGUCAAACUCCAACCACCAGAGCUCUCAAUGAUCACUUCUGAUGGAGGGAAACUCGAAACAGCAGCUGUAGUUGACCUGAGGGAUGUGUCCUGAGUCUGUCACAAUCUAUAAAAGCUACACCGCACGACUACCUCUGCGACACCUGCUCAGGUAACAGCUAAGAAUUCCUCAAUCUCCUGCAGACAGCAUGACUCUUUACCUUUGCCUCCCUCUGCUGGUGGCGCUGCUGCAUCCUGCUCAGUGUCUCUACAACUGCUCCUCUGUGUAUGAGCGGACGCCAGAAAACUCAGACCUGAAUGUCGACUGUGGCACCAGUGUGAUCACCCUGGAGAUCAACCUGUGCACGGCCCAGUGGUCAGGCUUCAACACCACUGACCUGGCUCUGAACGGGAACCACAACACCACGGAGUGCCUGGGCUCUAUCGACACCAGUGUGAACCCUCCCAUCAUCCGUUACAAGCUCCCUGUUAACCACAGUCAGGAUAACCCCUGUCGUCAAUCUCUGCAGAUUGUGGAUGAGACCCCAGAUCCGGCGGGUCCCUUCAGUGGCUUCUCGAGUAUCCAGUCAGUCAUCAUCACUGGGUACAUAGACACACCCAGAUCUGACCAGGGGCUGAUCAGCUACUCCACAGAUCUGUACUAUCACUUCUCCUGCCGCUACCCGCUGGAGUACCUGAUCAACAACACACAGAUUGUGGCUUCCUCUGUUUCUGUGGCGACCAAAGACAAUAACGGAACCUUCAUCGACACGCUGAAAAUAGGUGUUUAUAAUGACAGCAGCUAUGUCCACCCGUUAGUGGUCCCCACAACAGGACUUGACCUGCGAGUCAGGAUCUAUGUGGAGGUCAAAGCUGAAAACCUCACAGGAAAUUUCAAUGUACUGCUGGACCGCUGCUUUGCAACUUCCUCUGCUUACAACGUGUCGAACAGAGAGCAGCACGACUUCUUCAUCGGCUGUGUGGUGGACCAAAGGACGUCUAUGACAAGCAACGGCCUUUCCAAGGUCGCCCGGUUUAACUUCGAGACGUUCCGCUUUGUCAAGCACCGUGACCAGCCAAAGUCCAGCAUCUAUCUGCACUGCAUACUGAGACUGUGCGAGCCCACCAAAUGUCAAGAGCUGCUGUCUGCUUGUAAUAAUAACAACAGAAGAAGAAGAUCUCUGACUCCUUUCGGAAAGGAAACCACCGAUUCUGCCACCGUAUCUGUCGGACCUCUUUACGUGGCCGAUGAAGACAGGCCGUAUUCUGCAGCCUACAGUAGCGGCGCGGCAUCAGAGGGAGAUGGCGUGGACAUGACGGGCCUGGCGGUGGGGGUGGUGUUCGGCUCGGCCGCCGCCGUCCUGCUUGUUCUGGGAGGCUGGUUCAUCCUGAAGAAGUUUUACUGGGUGGGAGGAUUACCUCAUGCCUUUGACUGACAGGUGGACUGACAAAUUGACACCAACUCUGACACUG